AAUGGCCAACGCCCCAACCGAGUCGCGGGGCUCGCCGCUCGCCUCCCCCGCGACGGCGAUGCGGCGACGCCCCCCGCCUCCACCGCCCGCGUCACAUGCCCCCUCGAAGAGCCGGCUGCUCCUCCCGCAUAGCGCUUCGCCGACCCCCCCACAUCCUCCCGCGGACCCGACGCCGACUUCGCCUCCAGUGUGAGUACUGACGGAUAAUCGUCAACAGCAAGAGUAGCUGCCACUGAUUCAUCAACGGAAAUGGUUGCUUCUUGCUUCCCCGCGAUGUGAUGUGCAAAAACGGAGGAGUAAAGCUUCAAACAGAAUACUGACUACGCUUCUAGCCUCUUGUUGCAUGAGCCAUAGCCCGUGCUAUAUAUAUGGGUGGGCUGUGGAUUCAGUACUCUGUUCUUUGAUUUGAGCUCCGGGUUCAGUUCAGACAAGCACAAUGGCUGUGCCAAGGGCGUAUGCCGGUCAUCGGCUCCGUUGUGUGCUUGUAGUUCUGUGUGCCUUGUGCUGGGCAUCGUCCUCUGUCAGGUUCGUGGCGGGUCAGGCCGGGCAGCUGAGCGUGGACGCCUCGCCGCAGACUGCGAGGAAGAUGCCUGACAAGAUGUUCGGCAUCUUUUUUGAGGAGAUCAACCAUGCUGGUGCUGGUGGGCUGUGGGCAGAGCUUGUAAGCAACAGAGGUUUUGAGGCCGGUGGGCCUAAUACACCAUCAAACAUCGACCCAUGGUUCAUAAUUGGAAAUGAAUCAAGCAUCAUCGUGGGAACCGAUCGGACAUCUUGUUUCGAACGUAACCCGGUCGCACUCCGAAUGGAAGUUCUUUGUGGUUCUAAAGGAACUAAUGUCUGCCCAUCCGGAGGCGUUGGGGUCUACAAUCCUGGUUACUGGGGCAUGAACAUUGAAAGAAGGAAGGGUUAUAAGGUGAGCCUGCACAUUAGGUCUUCAGAUGCAGUUUCCUUGACCAUUUCUUUGACAAGCUCUGACGGUCUGCACAAACUCGCUUCUCGCACCAUCACGGGCGGCAAGAAACAAUUCGCCAACUGGACAAAGAUACAGUUUCGUUUGUAUUCCAGCCAAAACAACACUAAUUCAAGGCUUCAAAUUACAACCACUAAAACGGGGGUGGUCUGGCUCGAUCAAGUGUCGGUUAUGCCAUCGGACACUUACAUGGGACAUGGUUUUCGGAAGGAUCUUGCUUCUAUGUUGGCCAAUUUAAAGCCCCAGUUUCUCAAGUUUCCAGGCGGUAACUAUGCCAUGGGAAACUAUCUAAGAAAUGCGUUUCAUUGGGGCGAAACUGUGGGUCCAUGGGAGGAAAGACCUGGCCAUGUGAAUGAUGCCUGGGGAUACUGGACUGACGAUGGACUCGGAUUCUUUGAGUUCCUUCAGUUAGCUGAAGACCUUGGUGCUUCCCCUGUUUGGGUGGUGAAUGAUGGAGCAAGCAUUAAUGAAGAAGUUCCUACUGCAAUAAUUGCAUCUCUGGUGAAGGAUGUUGUUGAUGGUAUCGAGUUUGCGAGGGGAGGGGCCAACACUACAUGGGGUUCAGUUCGUGCGGCAAUGGGACAUCCACAACCCUUUAAGCUUGAUUAUGUUUCAAUAGGGAAUCAAGAAUGUUGGAUGCUCUACUACAGAGGCAAUUACCAAAAGUUCUAUUCUGCGAUUAAAGCUGCUUACCCAGACAUCAACAUUAUAUCAAGCUGUGAUAAGUCAACUAUUUCAGCAUCCAACCCUGCCGAUCUAUAUGAUGUUCAUGUCUAUGCAUCUUCUGCUAAUAUGUUUUCGAGAACUAGUAUGUUUGACAACACACCACGCAGCGGACCAAAGGCAAUCGUUAGUGAGUACGCCGUGACUGGAAACGACGCUGGCAAAGGAACACUGGUAGCAGCACUUGCAGAAGCUGCAUUUCUCGUUGGAUUAGAGAAGAACAGUGAUGUGGUUGAGAUGGCAAGCUGCGCACCACUUUUCGUAAACGACAACGAUCGCAGGUGGAGCCCAGAUGCCAUUGUGUUCAACUCAUGGCAGCACUACGGAUGCCCAAACUACUGGAUGCUACACUUCUUCAAGGACUCGAGCGGCGCCACCUUUCACCCCACAGCCAUGCAGGUCUCCAACUACGAUCAGAUGGUUGCAUCUGCCAUCACCUGGCAGAGCCCUAAAGACAAGAGCACUUACCUGAAAAUAAAGGUCGUAAACUUCGGCAGCAAAGCCAUGGAUCUCAACAUAACAGUGACGGGUCUGGAGAGCGGCAUCAAGAGCUCCGGCUCGAAGAAGACGGUGCUGACAUCCGCCGCGGCGCUCGACGAGAACUCCUUCGAGCAGCCAGAAAAGGUGGCGCCGGUGUCGAGCCCGGUGGCCGACGCCAAGCAGCAAAUGGGCGUGUCAGUGAGCCCUUACUCCCUCACAUCGUUCGAUCUCCUGCUGGAGCCCAGCAAACACUCAAUCAUAUGAAGAAGAAACUAGCUCGAGUGGAAGGAAAUCAUAGAGAUAGUUACCACGUAUAUUGUAGAUUGUACUGUAUUAUUCUCUGUGCCUGGAUUGUAUGUCUGAAAGAAACAUUACGUGGCCGUCUCUCUGAAGCUUAUUACAGCAAACAUUGUGCUCCGUAACUAGAAGCGAUAUUUGCAAAUGUUCA